AUGUCCGGUGGUCCUUCCGUAAUAAGACGACCCUUUUUCGAGAAAUCAAACACCGAACUUACCUCCUCCCUCCGCGCAAACUUCGCCGCCCACCAAACUUCUCCACCACCCUCAAAAACCAACUACACAACAUGGACCACCAAGACCGACUCCGCCCUGUAUAUUCCCACGCACACGCCCUCACCUCUUACUGAACCCCGAGAAUCCUACGACAUCACAGUCAAACUAUUCUACCUCCCCAACAUACCCACAGACCGACGCUGCGCACAAACACGAGAAGCGAUAGAACUAGUGCUGAAAGAAUUGGGAACAUCAUCCAUAGACCUCCUCAUCGUGAGCUUCCCAGGAGUGUCCUUCGACGCCGACGAUGAGGAUUCUGAUCUUGAUGACGACGACCCGCCCUCGCCUCCAUCCGCAACACAAUCGACCUCCGAGAACACUACGGGCGACUGUGACGAUGCCGGCGCACCACCAGAAGACAUAGAAACCAUGGUAAUAACAUGGCGCUCGCUCGAGAAACUUCACGCAGAAGGCCUCGUGUCAAAACUCGGAAUUGCGGAAUUCGGCGUCGCGCGCUUGACCAAGUUUCUGGAACAAACAAAGAUAAAACCAAGUGUGAAUCAGAUCAACGUCAGGGACUGCUGUGUUGUACCCAAACCAUUGAUACUGUAUGCGAAGCAACAGCAAAUCGAGCUGCUGACACAUAACGAUUGCACCAACAUCUUACCGCGCGGGACACUACGGCAAAUACUUGGAUCGGGGGAAGACGGUUCGGGUGUGUUGGCAGGAAACGGAAAUGAAGACGGGCUCAAGGGCGAUGUAGAGCCGCAAUGGGUAGUCAAAUACACCGCCGUCGUCAAAGAUAGGGGUGUUGUAGAAAGUAAAGGCUACUUCGCCGUUGCUGAACUGCGGGACUCAUGA